UAUUCCUUUCUGGCUGGUCAUUUCCUCUGCGGAGUCGCUGCACCGAGCCUCCCACUGGGGCGGUUCUCAGGAUUGUAGGUUUUUAGGUCAAACAGAAACCCAAGAGAAUGCCUGAAAAAGCCAAGCACGCCGCUGGCAGCUUCGUCUGCGAGGGUGAGUGGUGAGUGCGUGGGCAGCAGAGGACAGAGCCGAGGGACAGUCCCCCUUGUCAUCCAGACAAGGCCUCUGUUCUGAAGCAACGGGAGUUUUGCUGUUCGCCCAAGGUGGCCUCGCCCCAGCCUUUGGUUCACUGCAGAAGCCGGAAGUGGGCAGUGGGUCCAGUCCGCUGUCUUCCCCUGGUCCUGCCAUGGACGACACGCAGGAGCCUGUGGCCAUGACGGUGCAUCUCCUGGCCGACUGUGGCCAUGGCGCGCUUCUGCAGCAGGCUCUGGACCAGCUCCUGGGUGACAUCUGCCCAGAGGUGCGCGUCUUCCUGGUGUCCGAGAGGGUCAGAACUAGGAGCUAUUGCGAAAAGUACCAACCCCGGAGGGCAAGGUUCCCGGGCAUGUCUGUUUUGCUCUUUCUCCAGGAACGUCUUGGGGAAGAGCGGCUGCUCCGCGUCCUGGACGCCUUACAGCGCCCGCCGUGGCACGGCUUCCCCACCCAGCAGGCGCAGGGGAGGCCGCGUCCCUACCUCCCUGCCAACCAGGAGUUCUACAGCCUGCACCACCAGAUGCCCGUGUGGGGCGUGAGGCAGGUGCACCGUGGUGCCGAGGUGCUCAGGGUGACUCUGUACUGUGCCUUUGACAACUACGAGGAUGCCAUCAGGCUCUACGAGAUGAUCCUGCAGAGGGACGCCACCCCGCAGAAGACCAACGUCUGUGUCUUCGUGCUCUAUGCCACCGAGGGCUUCAGCGUGCAGCUCUCCUUGAAGCAGCUGCCCCUGGGCGUGUCUGUGGACCCCCGGGAGUCCUCGGUGCUGCAGUUCCAGGUCCAGGAGAUCGGCCAGCUGGUGCCUCUCCUGCCCAACCCCUGCGUUCCCAUCAGCAGCUGGCGGUGGCAGACCCAGGACUACGAGGGCAACACGAUUCUGCUGCAGGUCCAGCCGAAGCCAGGACUUGGCAUUAGAAACGGCGAGAUUUCCUUUCCGAGUGGCAGUUUGGGAACUAACCUGUAUCAUCAGGGCUCCAGGCUCAGUGGUGUCUCUCCAAUGAGAACCCUCGAGCCAAGGAACCGGAGGAGCCGGAGCAGAAGGUUCAAAGCCCGCUCUCUGGAGCUUCUGGAGCCCAGUGGGACGUCAGGCAGCUCCUGUAGCCUUUUGUGGAAAAGUCCUGGCUGGUCUUCCCAGGGUGGCAGCUCAGCCACAGACACCCAGUGGCACCUACCUUCUCCCCACCUCCAACCUGGGGCCACAAGAAGUGGCCUCAAGGAAAACAGCUUCCAGAGGCUUGAGGCAGAGACAAACGUUGACACAGGGUUCACUGUUGUCAAUGCAGAACCCAUGCAAUCUUUUCUGAAUAGAGUUUUGAGGGAUUUUCAUGCCAGCCCGCCAGCAGCCUGCUUACCAAGCUCAUCCUCAGAGGCGACUGCCUCCCCAAACAAAAGAGUCUUUAAGGAGAGAGUUCGCCCUCUGUCCCUUCCUGGCAAAAGAGAACUUUGUGUAAAGAAGAUUAUCUCAAAAUGUUUCCAUCACUUGCCAGCCCAAGGUGAAGAGAAAGAAGAAGAAUUCUUUAUAUAACAUGAAACAGAUGUGCUUUUCUAAAAUAUACCAUCAGAUAGAAGCUCCUAGAAAUGUCCUAUAGUAGCUAUUUUUCUCAUUGUUGUGACAAAAUGCCUGACAGAAACAACCUAAGGAAGCAGAGGUUUAUUUGGGUGCAUGCUUUGAGGGGAAACUGUCCAUUUCAGCAGGAAGACAUUGGGGUCAGGCAGCUGUCCAGCCGCAGAGGGAUAUGGAUGACCGCAUCCAACUUGCUUUCUUCUUUUUAUUCAUUCUUGAACUCCAGGCCCCAGAACGGUGACACCCACAAUCCAGGGUGGGUCUUCCCUCCUCAAACCUUUCUGCAAACACUUUAUCACGGACAUGCCCAGAGAUGUGUGUGCCCGGUGAUUCGAAAUCCAAUGACGUUGACAACAGAGAUCAGUACUCCAAAUACGGAGCCAGAAUUGCCCAGUUUCUUGUCCGUUUGAGGAGGACCGAGUGCUGUCGGCACGCAGAGCUGUGCUGAUCCCACGUCGGACGUUGGACGUCCAUCCACAGGGAGUUGACCGUGUGCUGUCGCAGUCAGAGGGAACGCAGCCAGGCAGAGAAAGCGAGCCCGGUGCCCGCGCCUGCACUCCUCAGAGAGCCGAGGGCCGCGUCGCAUGUGUUGUCUCAGCACCUAUCAGGAUAUUGGCAUCGAAUGCAAAUGAGUCAGAUGUGCUGUGCAAAGCUGAUUAGUGUGUAAUUGGGUUUUAACUUUUACUUGGAGUUGCAUAGCUUAUCCCCCUGGACAGCAUGAACUAUUUAUUCUUUAGUGCUUUUUAAUUUUUAUGUGACCUCCUUUGGAAACAGCCUCGUUCACCACAUACCCUCUUGUGACUUUGCCUAUGAAAUUGAUUGCAUCUGAAAUGAGUGAAAAUGCAAAGUGUUUUGGAAAUCAUAAAUCAUUAUUUUUUUCCCGUUUAAUGAGCAAUUACACUGGAAACUCAGAAAAAUUAGGUUAAAAAUGAAUGCCAGCACUGAAGUUUUUGUGCUCUGCUAGCUCUCCUGUGUUUACCCCAAAGAGGGCCUAUCAAAGCAGAUCAUAUUAAAAACAAGGAAGAGAGAUGGGGAGAUGGGCCAGUGAAUGCAUUAUUUGCUGUGUAAGCUUGAGUACCUGAGUUCAGAUUCCUAACACACACAAGACUCACUCUGUUGCGGUGGGAGGCCUACAGCAAGAAGAGAGGAGAAGCCCUUGGACUCUCACUGGCCAGUUCACCUGGUGAUUGCAAUAGUGACCAAGAGACCCUGCCUCAAAUAAGGUUGAGGGCAAGGACCAACACCUGGAAAUUGCCGAGACCUCUGCAUGUACGCCAUGGCAUACACACACACACACACACACACACACACACGGCAACAGUGACAACAGACAAGGAGGAUGGGAUGUGUGAAUAAUUCCAGAUCUCCCCUGAGUAGAGCGGGAAGCUUGGAUUUGCUGGGUCACUGGAGGAGGACUUGUGUGCUCAUUGGAUUUGGGUUCCCAAAGUCCUUUGCGGUUCUCAUUUAUUCAUUUAUAUGUUCAUUAAAUAACGUUUUUUUUUUUUUUCACACCACUGUUUGAGUAAGACUUCAUGUAUAACCUACUUGAACAUAAUGUGGCCAUCAAAACCAAAAGGCAUUUUUAUUGUUUUUACAACUAUGAUAAAUCUACUGGGCUGACACUUAAGAAGAUGUCAAAGUUCAACUUUGUUCCUGCAAAAUAUCUUUCACAGAUGGGCCCACAUUGGCCACAUAAGGAUGCAGCGGGUGUUCACAGCCUGCAGCUGCAGACUGGUCGCACUGAGGAUUGCAUUUACCAUCUUGAAGUUAAAAUUACAGGGACAGGCUCUCACUUGCUCAUAUGCUGGAUUUUUUUGGAGGGAAGGGGGGGUAGGUCUAUAUUCAUGUCUUUUUUUCCAACUUUAUAAAAAAAAAUCCUAAAAUAUGUGAUUUUAUGAAUGUCAUUCUUCAGGACAGAUUAUGUAUACAUAUUAUUUAUAUAUACAAUAUAAUACUAUCAUAUACAUUAAUAUUUUUGGU